AUGGCAACGCUAUUACAUUCUGAGUCCAGAAGAUUGUAUUCUUGGUGGUGGGACAGCCACAUUAGUCCGAAGAAUUCGAAAUGGCUUCAAGAAAAUCUCACAGAUAUGGAUGCCAAAGUCAAAGCAAUGAUCAAGCUCAUUGAAGAAGAUGCCGAUUCUUUUGCAAGAAGGGCAGAAAUGUACUACAAGAAGCGUCCUGAACUGAUGAAAUUGGUGGAGGAAUUCUACAGAGCUUACCGUGCAUUAGCAGAGAGAUAUGAUCAUGCAACUGUGGAGCUUCGGCAGGCUCAUCGAACGAUGGCAGAAGCAUUUCCCAACCAAGUACCUUAUGGAUUCAUUUGGACUCUCUAUGAAAAGCAACGGGGGUAUCCACCAGAAUCAGACUCUGGAAUAAACAAAAGGGGUUUAAAGCAGCUCAAUGAGUUGUUUGGGUCACGAGAAGCAUCAUCUCAAGUUUCAAAAGUUGCAGAUGGAAAAAUGAAAAAGGGCCUGAAGGUUCAUGAAGCAGCAGAAGGCGACACUGGAGAGCAAGCUGAAACAGAAGUUCAAAACUUAAAGAAAGCUCUUUCAGAGAUUCAAACUGAGAAGGAAGCUGUUCUUUUUCAAUACCAGCAGAGCUUGCAGAAGUUAUCUAGCUUGGAGAGAGAACUAAAGGAUGUUGGAGGGCUUGAUGAAAGAGCAAGCCGAGCAGAAAUUGAAAUUAAGAUCCUGAAGGAAACCCUUGCUAAAUUAGAAGCUGAAAGGAAUGCUGGUCUUCUUCAGUACAAUAAAUGCUUGGAAAGAAUAUCUGCUUUAGAGAUUUUGAUCUCUCAAUCGGAAGAGGAUGCAAAAGGAUUCAAUGAACGUGCUAUUAAAGCUGAAAUAGAAGCUCAACACCUCAAGCAAGAACUUUCAGGAUUAGAGGCUGAAAAGGAAGCUGGUCUUCUUCAGUACAGCCAAUGUCUUGAACUGAUAUCCAGUUUGCAGAAUAAAAUCUUUAUUGCAGAGGAAAAUGCUAGAAUGCUUAAUGAGCUAACCGAAAGGGCAGAAACUGAAGCUCAAGCAUUGAAGCAGGCCCUCACUAAAUUGAAGGAAGAGAAAGAAGCUGCAGAACUUCGGUAUGAGCUGUGCUUGGAGAAAAUAGCUAUGAUGGAGAGUGAAAUUUCUCAUGCCCAAGAGGAUGUCAAUAGACUAAACAGGGAAAUUCUGACAGGAGCUGCAAAAUUGAAAACUGUAGAAGAACAAUGUUUCCUGUUAGAGGGAUCAAAUCAAUCUCUGCGGUCAGAGGCGGAAAAUCUAGCUCAGAAGAUAGCAACAAAGGAUCAAGAACUUUCAGAGAAGGAAAAUGAGUUGGAGAAACUUCAGGCUUUGCUUCAAGAUGAACAGUCACAGUUUAUUCAAGCUGAAGCCACUCUGCAGACUUUGCAGAAAUUGCACUCACAAUCUCAUGAGGAGCAGAGAGCUUUGGCAAUUGAGCUUCAGAAUCGCCUCCAAAUGUUGAAGGAUUUAGAGAUAUCAAACCAUGAUCUGCAGGAGAACCUCCAGCAGGUUAAGGAAGAGAACCAGAGCCUCAAUGAAUUGAACAGUACUUCCAUUAUUGCGAUAACAAAUUUGAAAAAUGAAAUUUGUAGCUUGAAGGAAAUGAAAGAGAAACUUGAAGAGGAUGUUUCCCUACAAGUGGUUCAGAGCAAUUCCCUCCAGCAGGAGAUUUACCAUUUGAAGGAGGAAAUUGAGGGCUUGAAUUCAAGAUAUUGGGCUUUAAUGAAGCAAGUGGACUCGGUGGGUUUAAAUCCAGAGUGCCUUGGUUCAUCCGUGAAGAACUUGCAAGACGAAAACUCGAAGCUAAAAGAGGUCUGCCGAAAGGAAACAGAAGAGAAGAAAGUUCUCUGUGAAAAGUUGAGCUCAAUGAAUGAACUUUCGGUGAAGAAUGUCGCAUUGGAGAGAUCCCUCUCAGAUUCAAAUCGCAUGUUGGAAGGGUCAAGAGAGAAAGUUAAAGAAUUGCAGGAGUCCUCCCAGUAUCUUCAGGGAGAAAAAUCCAGUCUUGUUGCUGAAAAGUCCAUCCUGCUUUCUCAGUUACAAAUUAUGACGGAGAAUGUGCAGAAACUCUUGGAGAAAAAUGCCUUGCUGGAGAAUUCUCUCUCUGGUGCAAAUAUUGAGCUUGAAGGUCUGAGGACAAGGUCAAGAAGCUUGGAAGAAUUCUGCCAGAUGCUAAAAAAUGAGAAAUCCAUUCUUCAAGAUGAAAGAAGCUCCCUGGUCUUGCAGCUGAAAAAUGUUGAAGAGAGACUGGGAAACCUAGAAAAGAGGUUUACAAGAUUAGAAAAGAAGUACACUGAUCUGGAGAAGGAGAACGAUUCUACACUUUGUCAAGUAAAGGACCUAUGGGGUUUUCUUGGUGUAGAAAAACAACAGCGUUCAUGUUAUAUACAGUCAAGUGAAUCCCGACUGGCAGAUCUGGAAAACCUGGUCCAUCAACUGCAAGAAGGAAGUAAGUUGAGUAAGAAAGAAUUCGAAGAAGAACUAGAUAAAGCUGUAAAUGCUCAGGUUGAGAUCUUCAUCUUGCAGAAGUUUAUUAAAGAUUUAGAAGAGAAGAAUUUAUCCCUGUUAAUCGAGUGCCAGAAACAUGUUGAAGCGUCCAAAUUCUCAGAUAAACUGAUAUCAGAGUUAGAGACUGAGAAUCUCGAGCAGCAGGUUGAAGUAGAAUUCUUGUUGGACGAAAUUGAAAAGCUUAGAAUGGGCGUUCGUCAAGUUUUGAGGGCUCUUCAAUCUGAUCCGGUUAAUGAGCAUGAAGAUGGGAGUCUUGCACAUAUUUUGGACAAUAUCGUGGACCUAAAAAAUUUGAUUCUUGUAAAGGAGGAUGAGAAACAACAAUUGGUGGUUGAGAAUUCGGUGCUGUUAACUUUACUCAAACAAAUGAGAUUAGAUGGUAUUGAGCUUGGGUCAGAGAAAAGCAUCCUUGAGCAGGGGUUCAAGAUAAUGGCAGAGCAACAUACUAUGCUGGAAAAAAGUAACCACGAACUGCUAGAGAUGAACAGGCAAUUAAGAUUGGAAGUGAGCAAGGGAGAGGAGCAGAAGGAAGAAUUGAAAGCUCAACUCGAAACCCAGCAUGUGAAUCUGACAAGUUUGCAGGGUUCUUAUCUGCAAUUGAAAGAGGAAAAUUUGAAGGCGCUUGGAGAAAGCAGAUCUUUGCUUUGGAAAGUUUUGGACCUCAAAGAGGAAAUGCGGGUACUUGAAGAGGAAAACAGUAGCAUUCUCCAGGAAUCUGUAGCUGUCAGUAACCUCUCGUCAGUGUUUGAGAGCUUUGCAACAGAGAAAAUUGAGGAACUUGAUGCCCUUUCUGAAGAAAUCAGCUCUCUAAACGUGGUUAGCAGAGACCUCAAGCAAAAGGUUGAACUGUUGGGAGAUAAACUGCAAACAAAAGAAGCAGAAAGUCUGCAUCUUUAUGAAAGAAUUGAAAAGUCGCAUCAGGAGCUGCUGGAAGAAAAAGAUAUAACAGAUCAAUUAAACUGCCAAAUUUUAAUUGAAAAUGAUUUUCUUCGAGAGAAAGCAACAGAGCUUUUCCUUGCGGAACAGAAUAUCGAGGCGACCAACAACUUAAAUGCAGAAUUUUGCUCCACCAUUGAGGAGCUGCAGAGGCAAUGUGAAGAAUCAAAAAUUGCAAGAGAAAACUUAGAGAAGCGGAUUCUUGAACUUUCCUUCAUUUGCACAGAUCAGAAAAUAGGGAUAGAAUGCCUUCAUGAAGCAAAAGAUAAUCUGGAGUCAGAAAUGGCUACAUUACACAAGGAAAUCGAGGAAAGACAGACUAGGGAAGAGAGCUUGAGUUUGGAGCUGCAAGAGAGAAGCAACGAGUCUGAACUCUGGGAAGCUGAGGCUUCAUCAUUCUACUUUGAUCUUCAAAUAUCUUCCAUCCAUGAAGUUCUGCUUCAAAACAAGGUUCAUGAGCUGACUGCAGUUUGUGGGAGUCUUGAAGAAGAAAAUGCCACAAAAGAUAAUGAGAUUGAAGAAAUGAAAGAAAGGUUUGGCAUCCUGGAAAGUGAAAUUCAAAGAAUGAAGACUCAUUUGUCUGCGUAUGCUCCGGUCAUAAUUUCGCUUAGAGAGAAUAUAGAAUAUCUUGAGGACAACGCGCUUCUUUGGACAAGGAGAGGACAAAUGGGAGUAGAAAUGACUAGUCAACUUCAUGAAAAUAGCCCUGAAGAACUCAACAAUGGUGAAAGCCCUGCAGUAACAGAUGGAAUUUCAGAUUUGCUGAAGAUGAAGUCUAGAAUUAAAGCAGUUGGGGAAGCGGUGGUUAAAGAAAUGGAAAGGCUUGCAGCUGAAAAGGCAGUGGUGAAGGAAAUGGAUGAGCUUAAAAUGCAGGAAAUGGGGAACUCUGAGGAGAUGAAAGGGGCUGAACGGUUGGAGUUGAGAGGCCGGUCAGCUGCAGAAAAGGAUGCCCAGAAAGAAGAGAUGGAGCUUGCAAAUGAGCCCACUGAUGCAGCCAAGCCACAAAACAGUAAACCUGAAAUUUCUGAUGUGAGGAAUGGGAUUUUGAUGAAAGAUAUUCCACUUGAUCAGGUCUCAGAAUGUUCAUUAUGUAGGAGAAGCAAGACAGAGCAUGCUAGGAAAGAUGAUCAGAUGCUUGAAUUAUGGGAGUCUGCGGAGAGAGACUGCCUUGAUCCACUGGCUGACAAGCAAAAGCAGGAAGCUGCCCCAUUGGAGAAUGCCACUGCAUGUCGUCAAUUAAAAAAUGCCAAACGGAAGAGUCAGGAUCCCUCUUUGGAAUUGCAGAUUGAGAAGGAAGUGGGCAUUGACAAGCUCGAGGUAUCAACAACCAUCACUAGAGAACCCAAUCAAGAAGGAAACAGAGGAAAGAUCUUGGAGAGACUUGCUUCUGAUGCUCAGAAAUUAAUCUCUCUUCAUACAACAGUGCAAGAUUUGAAAAAGAAAAUGGAGUCAAGGAAGAGAAGCAAGAGGGUCAAUGAUCUUGAAUUUGAAAGAGUGAGAAGACAGUUACAAGAAGUUGAGGAGGCUGUUCUGCAGUUGGUUGAUACUAAUGACCAACUGACAAAGGAUGUUGAAGAGAGUCCCUUGUAUUUGGAGGAAAACACUUCAGUAGAGAUGGAAGAGACUGGCUCCAUGCACAGAAAAAGAGUGGCAGAACAAGCACAAAAAAGGUGUGAAAAGAUUGGAAGGUUGCAGUUUGAGGUUCAGAGCAUUCAGUACAUUCUGCUAAAACUGGAGGAUGAAAAGAAAAGCAAAAGUAAGCGCAGAUUUUCUGGAAGUAAAACGGGCAUCCUCUUGAGGGACUUCAUAUACAGCAGGGGCAGGAGAAGCAGCAGAAGGCAGAAGAAGGGUUGCUUUUGUGGGUGUGCAAGAUCUUCAACUAUUGAAGACUGA